UUUUGUUUGUUUAGGCAUGGAAGCUCCACCAUUAUCGUCCGGUGACGGCGAAGCACAGUUACCAAGAAGAACCGGAGGCUGGAUCACCUUCCCCUUCAUCAUAGCAACAUCAACAUGUUUGACACUAGCAUUUGGAGGUUGGACAAGCAACCUAAUUGUGUAUCUCAAAAAAGAAUUUGAUGUGGAGAGUAUUGAUGCUGCUCAAAUAUCAAAUUUGGUUAAUGGUGCUGGAAGCUUAAUUCCUAUUCUUGCUGCAAUUAUUGCUGACUCUUUUCUUGGUUGCUUCUCUAUCAUCUGGCUUUCCUCCUUCAUCUCAUUAUUGGGUACAAUCCUUUUAGCUUUAACAGCAACGCUUGAUUCUCUAAGGCCUAAACCUUGUGAAGUUGGUUCAACUUCAUGUACCCCUAAACCAAAAGUUCAAUAUGUAGUACUCUAUGCAGCCAUUGUUCUGGCGACUCUGGGGAAUGGCGGUCUCCGAUCAACCCUUUCAACAAUGGGAGCCAACCAAUUUGAUAAACAAAAAGAUGAAGGAAUUUUCUUCAAUUGGUUCUUUUUCUUUACUUAUGGUGCAUCUGUAGUAGCAUCAACAGCUAUUGUGUAUGUUGAAGAUAACGUAAGCUGGAAAGCUGGAUUUAUCAUUUGUGUUGCAGCUAAUUUACUUGGUUCAGCCAUUUUUCUAUUGGGGACCAGAUUUUACACCAAUUCUAAGCCAGAAGGGAGUCCUUUCACCAACUUGGCUCGUGUUGUGGUUGCAAGUAUUAGGAAAAGAAAAGUGUCAAUCCCAUCCACUGGGGAAUAUUUAUACCACGGACCUAAAGCAAUAGUUGUUGCGCCUUCAAAAACCUUCCGGUUUUUGAACCGUGCAGCCAUUAAAAGUGAAGGCGAUGUUAAACCGGAUGGCUCAACAACUAAGCCAUGGAAACUUUGUUCAGUACAAGAAAUAGAAGAUUUCAAAUCCUUAAUCAAAAUUUUACCACUCUGGUCAAGUAGUUUUUUUCUUGGCACAACAAUUGGCGUACAAGCAAGUUUGUCAAUCCUUCAAGCCUUAGCAAUGGAUCGUCACAUGGGCCCCAAUUUCCAAAUCCCAGCUGGUUCUAUUUUGGUUUUUGUCACGGUCUCUACUGCUCUAUUCCUCGCCCUGUUUGACAAAUUUCUAUUUCCUACGUGGAAAAAAAUGACUGGCAAAUCACUUACGCCUCUCCAAAGAAUUGGGGUUGGGCACGUUCUUAACUUUUUGUGUAUGGGUGUCUCAGCCUUAGUUGAGUCAAAGAGGCUAAAUGUAGCAAAAUCAAAUGAAGGUUCCAAUAUUGUGCCUAUGUCAGUGUUAUGGCUUGUGCCACAAUUAGCCAUCGUUGGUAUUUCAGAGGCAUUUCAUUUUCCUGGACAAGUCGCGUUCUAUUACCAGGAAUUUCCAACAACCUUAAAGAACAUGGCGACCGCGAUGAUUUCAGUGGUUGUAGGGGUGUCAUUUUACUUGACCACUGCUCUAAUUGAUGUUGUUAGAAGGACAAGUACAUGGUUACCAGGUAACAUAAAUAAUGGAAGAUUGGACAAUGUGUACUGGAUAUUGGUUGUAGGGGGAAUAUUGAACUUUGGUUGCUAUGUAAUAUGUGCUUGGUUUUACAAGUAUAAAAACAAGAAGGAAGUGGUGGAUCAUAGUGAUUCUCCUUAUCAUGAGUGAUUAACGGGUCCAAAAGAAAAAAAAAUGGAUGGCCGUGAUUAUCGACCAUGAAAAUAACAAAAGUAUUGUACC